AUGUUGAGCUCACUGCGCACUGCCGCGCGGUCACCUCGCAUUUUCGCCCCAUAUCACCGCCUGUUGACCCGCAACACGAGAAGAAACUACGCCUCCGCUACCGAUCUCAACUCUCUACCCAAGCCGGGAGACCAUCUCCAUGGCUUCACCCUCAAUCGAGCAGAACAUGUUCCUGAGUUAGAGCUGUCUGCGUUACACUUCACGCACGACAAGACGGGCGCAGACUAUCUGCAUUUGGCAAGAGACGAUAUCAACAAUGCUUUUCUCAUCGGUUUCAAGACGAACCCUCCGGACGCCACUGGUGUUCCCCAUAUUCUUGAACACACGACUUUAUGCGGGUCAGAAAAGUAUCCUGUUCGAGAUCCCUUCUUCAAGAUGAUUCCGCGCUCUCUCCAAAGUUUCAUGAACGCCAUGACUUCCACCGAUCAUACUAUGUACCCCUUCGCCACCACGAACGCUCAAGACUUUCGUAAUCUGAUGAGUGUCUACCUCGAUUCUACCCUCCACCCACUCCUCAAACAUUCCGAUUUCGUGCAAGAAGGAUGGCGAAUCGGGCCAGAGAAUCCAGAAGAGACCGUGCAGAAAGAGGAUGGAAGCGAUCUCGUGUUCAAGGGCGUCGUAUACAACGAGAUGAAGGGCCAGAUGAGCGAUGCCACAUAUCUGUACUUCAUACGCUUCUUUGAGCAUGUCGUACCUUCUCUCAACAACUACGGCGGUGACCCGGCCAAGAUGACGGACCUUACAUACGAGCAACUGAGGAACUUCCACAGAGACCACUACCAUCCAAGCAACAGCAAGAUUCUUACAUACGGAGACCAACCCGUGCAGCACCACUUGCAAUUACUUGGAGAGCAGCUGUCAGCUUUCAACAACACCAACGUUGACCAAGAAUUGAAAGCGCCAAUCACUCUUGAAGGUCCACGAGAGAUCGUUUUGAAGGGACCGAUCGAUCCAUUGACGCCCAUCGAAUCCCAAUACAAGACAUCCGUCACAUGGAUUAUUGGCGACCCUCGCGAUGUUGUCGAAUUCACCGCUUUGAACCUGGCACUGAACGUUCUGAUGGAUGGGUACGGUUCACCAAUGUAUCGCGCACUCAUUGAAUCUGGGCUUGGCACGGACUUUUCUCCAAACACUGGAAUCCUGGACACCGAACCCACCGCGAUCUUCUCGAUUGGCCUAAACGGAGUUACGAAGGAGAAUGUGCCUAAAGUGAAGAAAGUCAUCGCGGCCACGAUCAUGGAGACUAUAGCUAAAGGUCUUGAUAAGCAGAAGAUCGAGGGGAACUUACACCAGACUGAACUCUCCCUCAAGCACAAGUCUGCGAAGUUCGGACUUGGGACCGUGCAGCGCCUGGUAGGCAAGUGGUUCAAUGGUCUGGACCCAUAUAAGGCUUUGGCUGUGAAAGCUACACUGGACCAGUUCAAGGCAAACUAUGCUCAAGAAGGAUAUCUGGAGGGCCUACUCAAAAAGUAUCUUCUCGUGGAUAACACGAUGACUUUCACCAUGGAGCCCAGCGCCGACUUUGCUGCUGAGCUUGCUGCCGAGGAAGCCAGCAGGCUGAAGACGAAGAUCAACGAAGCAGUGAAAGCGUAUCCCAGCGAGCAAGAUGCUUACAAGGGAUUGAGAGACCGGGAAUUGGAGCUUGUCAAAGAACAAGAUGCAGGUCGCACGCAAUCACUUGACAGUCUUCCUACGCUGCGCGUAUCUGACAUCUCGCGGGUGCAGAAGCAGACUCAAGUGCGGGACAGCACUGUUGACAAUGUCAAAGUCCAGUGGCAUGAGGCCGCUACCAAUGGCCUGACAUACUUCCGCGCUCUGUCCCUCUUCAAGGACCUGCCCGGCGAACUUCGCAUGCUCGUACCGCUAUUCUGCGACAGCUUGAUGCGUAUCGGCACGAAAGAUAAGCCGAUGGAGGUGAUCGAGGACCUGAUCAAGCUGAAGACUGGAGGCAUUGCAUUUGGCACACACACUACAGCGAGCCCAUUCGACAUUCAGCAAGCCGAGGAAGGGCUAGCAAUAAGUGGACACGCUUUCGACAAUAACAUCCCAGCCAUGUUUGAACUUAUCCAGACAGUGCUGCUGGGUACCGACUUCGAUUCACCUCAAGCACACCGCAUGAUUCGCGAACUACUUCAGACGGCUGCCAGCGGCGCUGUCGACGCAGUCGCUUCGAGCGGCCACAGCUACGCAAUGCGGUACUCAGAAGCAGGCGUAAGCCCCGUAGGUCGCUUGAGCGAGCAGUACGCAGGUCUGUCGCAGGUCAAGAUGACCGCUACUCUGGCUGCAGCUGAGGAGAACGAAGCGGCAAUGAAUGAACUCAUCCAGAAGCUCAAAACCAUCCAAGCAAUCGCAGUCUCCAAUAUGCGCGGCGGUUCAAUGCGAGUUGCCCUGACCUGCGGCUCUGAAUCUGUCAGCGCCAACGAGGCAGCCUUGCAAAGCUUCCUCGCAGCGACAUCGCGAGCCAACCUCUCGGCACCUACAUCAUCACCACCCAGCCAGUCUCCACCGUUCGACUUCACCUCCCGCCACACCCUGUUCAACCUCCCCUACCAAGUCUCCUACUCCGGCCUCUCCCUCCCCACAGGCCCCUACACCUCCUCCAAAUCCGCCCCCUUCGCCAUCCUCGCCAAACUCCUCACCCACAAACACCUCCACCACGAGAUCCGCGAAAAGGGCGGCGCCUACGGCGGCGGAGCCUACAGCAAAGGCAUCCCCGGCAUCUUCGGCAUGUACUCCUACCGCGACCCAAACCCCACCAACACCCUCAAAAUCUACAGCGAGACGGGUCGGUGGGCCGCCGAGCGAGACUGGAGUGAUCGAGAACUCGAAGAGGCGAAGUUGGGUGUUUUCCAGGGUCUCGAUGCGCCCGUUAGCGUGAAUCAGGAGGGGAUGGUGAGGUUUCUGAGUGGCGUUGAUGGGGAGAUGGAGCAGCGACGGAGGGAGUGGUUGUUAGAUGUUGAUGCGAAGCAGGUAAGGGAGGCGGCGGAGGAGGUUGUGAAGGGUGUUCAGGGGAAGGCGCAUAUCACUGUGCUAGGGGAUAAGGAGAAGACGGCGUUUUGGAAGGAGGGCAGUUGGAAGGUGGAGGAUCUGGGGAUGGGGAAGGUUCAGGAGGUGGAGGUUUGA